AUUCAAGGUUUUCAUAUCUAUCACCGAUUACCAAGACUCAUGCCUGAAAGCUGCAUCCUGAUUGCCAUUGGAGCACUGGUAGGAGCAAUCAUCUUUGCUUCGCAUCACAAAUCUCCACCAGUGAUGAACUCAAGUAUUUACUUCUUGUAUCUCCUUCCACCCAUUAUCCUGGAGGAGGGUUAUUUCAUGCCAACUCGCCCAUUUUUUGAAAACUUUGGGUCCAUUCUGUGGUGGUCUGUUAUGGGAUCUCUGCUAAACUCAUUUGGGAUUGGCCUCUCCCUCUAUGGAAUCUGUCAGAUCAAAGCCUUCGGCCUGACCGACGUGAACCUGCUGCAGAAUCUGCUCUUUGGCAGCAUGAUUUCAGCGGUGGAUCCUGUGGCAGCGCUGGUAGUUUUUGAAGAAGCCUCUGUUAACGAGCAGCUUUACAUGAUGAUCUUCGGAGAGUCAUUGCUAAAUGAUGGCAUAACUGUGGUUUUAUACAACAUCUUCAUCGCCUUCACCCAGAUGCACAGGUACGAAGAAAUCGAAUCCAUUGAUGUCUUCGCUGGCUUCGCUCGCUUCUUCGUGGUGGGGCUGGGUGGUGUGUUGUUUGGGAUCGUGUUUGGAUUUGUUUCAGCAUUCAUGACUCGAUUUACCCACAACGUCUCUGCAAUUGAGCCCCUGCUGGUCUUCAUGUUCAGCUACCUGUCAUACUUGUCUGCUGAAACCCUUUACAUCUCUGGUAUUUUGGCGAUGACAGCAUGUGCAGUGACAAUGAAAAAGUAUGUGGAGGAGAAUGUUUCCCAGAAUUCUUAUACCACAAUAAAAUAUUUCAUGAAGAUGCUAAGCAGCAUCAGUGAGACCCUGAUUUUUGUGUUCAUGGGAGUUUCUACAGUGGGAAAAAACCACGAGUGGAACUGGGCCUUCAUUUGCUUCACUCUGCUCUUCUGCCUCAUUUGGCGGACACUGAGUGUAUUUGCUCUCUUCUACAUCAGUAACAAGUUCCGAACAUAUCCCUUUACUGUCAAAGACCAGCUCAUUAUUUCCUACAGUGGCCUUCGAGGAGCCAGCAGCUUCUCUCUUGCAUUCUUGCUUCCAGUGAAUCUCUUCCCCAGAAGAAACCUCUUCAUCACUGCUACUCUUGUAGUUAUAUAUUUCACUGUGUUUAUCCAAGGAAUCACAAUUGGACCAUUGGUCAGAUACCUGGAUGUCAAAAAGACAAACAAAAAGGAAUCUAUCAAUGAAGAAAUACACGUGAGAUUGAUGGAUCACUUGAAGGCUGGUAUUGAAGACAUAUGUGGACAUUGGAGUCAUUAUCAGCUGAGAGAUAAAUUUAAGAAGUUUGACAAUAAGUAUCUGAAGAAAAUUUUAAUUCGGGAACACCAGCCCAAAUCCAGCCUUGUGUCGUUAUACAAAAAGAUGGAGAUAAAACUGGCCAUUGAGAUGGCUGAGAGUGGCAUGAAAAUUUCAAAACCAUCCACUGCUUCUUUACCGAGUGGCAGGAACCGGCGUCCACACAGGCUGUCCCCCGCGGAGGUGGAGUCCAUGCGAGAUGUCCUGGCACACAAUCUGUACCAAGUGCGACAAAGGGCACCACCAUACAACCGACACAACCUACCUACCAACAUAAAUGAGACACAAGCGCAAGAAAUCCUCAUCCGCCGGCAGCACAGCCUGAGGCAGAGUUGCAGAAAGGGAAACAGCUUGCCCUGGAGUAGACCGGUUAACACCACGGAAGUACGCUACCUCUCUUUGCCUCAGGGCCCCAGCCAGACCACUAGACGAAAAGCCAGGCACGUUACUUUUACAGAUCAGCAUAGAAGUGGCUCUGAUGCUGCAUUGCCAUUAAUGUUCAGACCCCAGUCCCGACUACGGCCACUUGAAGCAAAGCACCGCCAAAAUGAGCUGAUUCCAAUGGCACACUUGGAUAGACAAGCAGGUCCAUCCAAUCUGUCAAGUCGAAGAGGAAAUUCAAUCAGACAUCAUCGUUCCACCAGAGCAGACAAUCUAGCUCUAAUGCCAAAGUCUCGGCUCACUGUGAGAGAAGUAGAGGAGUAUGACUCAGAAGAAGAGACAGAAACAAUGGCACCAGCCAGGCCAUUAGUUAUAUGAGGAGCAGAAAAAAGCAGUGUUUGCAUCUCUAGGGCCCCUUGUGCACUGCUCCAAGAGAAAUAACAAAGCUCUUUUUAUAUGAACCAAAGUAUGAUUUUCCUUCUGGGACCAGUGUCCUUGUUCUCGUAUCGCUUUCAAGCACUGUAUCAAGGUACUUAGUGGCUCAGAGAAGACUCAAAUUUUUAAGCAUUUAUAUCAAGCUUUCUUUCCAACAAAACACUGCUGGAAAGAGGAGAACAUGAUCUUUGUAGAGGUUUGAAUAUGGAUUUAAGCAACAGUCAUAGGACUCAGGCAAUGCUAUGGGUAGAAGCUGAUACUGCCUUUGUUCUAUGUUAUGGUCUGCAUCCAGAGGAAAGACAUUUGUAAAGGCAUCCUUGACACAUAAAUACACAGAUUGAAGACUUGUGCAGAGCUUUUGACCUCAGAGUAGCUGAGAUAUUCAAGGAAAAAGUUACAAGCAGAAAGGCAUUUUUAGGGCAUAUAAACUGAAGAUUCCUAAACAAGACCUUAAGUCAAGAGGAUUUUUAGUGGAGAUUUUCAGCACUUGGGGGAUUUUCUGUCAGCUCAGAUUUUGUCUCUAAAAAAGUGCUAAAGUCAGUUGCUGUGAUGGUCUGUAACUCCUGCUACUUAAACCAAUUUCCUAUCACCCACUACAUUGGAUGAAUAAAGGAGGUAUGCACAAAUCCAGAGGACUCUUCAGGCAGGGUGCUGUCAGGAAACCUUUUAUUUGUAAAUGUGAAAUGGCAAGAACAUGCACAAUAUUCUUGUGAUUCAGCAAAUGGGAGGCUUCACUGUAGAGUAUCUAACCUCCAUUCCCCGCUCCCACCUUGUGUGCCCAAAAUGGGCCAUUCUUCACACUAAAACUGGACCAGCACUGCAGGUGGGAAGUAAGAAACCGGGAUUAAAGGUAAAGGGAACCUAACCUUGUAGCCUGCUGGCUAGCAGGAAAGAUAGGCCCUGUGUUUUGCUCCCAGCUUUUUGUAAUGUGUCUGUCUAUAUAUUGUACGGAGAAGUAUUUACCAAAAAAAGCAGAAAUAACCAAAAGGUUGUGCACUGAAGCACAUGACUUCUCAACCUUUCUACAGAGCUCCCUUCCAACUGUUUCUGUAUGCCCAUGGUCCACUCUCAAUGGUAGGUCUCCCUAGUGGUAGGAGAAGCAAGAAGUAUGGUCUGGAGUAAUUUUAGAUAAAGGCUAAGUCCUAGACACCUAGUCCCUCUGAUGGAGCUCUUUUCUGCAGCAUUGCUACUGUCAUCUGUGUCUUGAAACUGUACAUGACCUGAUUUUAUCCAGAGGAGUGAACUGAAUCCAGAAGUUCGUAAACACACCCUUACAGUUCAAAUCUAUGGUUAAGAAAUGCACCGAGUUCAGAUGUGUUUUUAUCAAGUUUCCUUCUCUCUCCUCCACUCAAAGCAUGCUUUGCUGCGCAACUCAAGGUCUGUAAAUGCUACUCUAAGAGUCAGAGAAAUAAGAAUUAGAGAUAGUAGUGCCACCUGUAUGUUUUUU